GCGCCGCGCUAGUUUCGGCUUGCCGUUCCGACGUGACGGACGUUCGUUUCCCAGCGGUAGCUCGCUUCCACGUGGAGGCAGAGCUCCGGACUGCUGUCGGUGUUGUCAUAGCACGCGCGUUGUCGCGGAGUCGCCGCGCGUUGUGCCGCGCCAUACUGAAAACCGUCGAGUACGAGUGCCGUUCGCGACAGUGAAUCCAUCAAUGGUGAAGCCGGUUUCGUUUCCGGGAGAUUGUUUCGCGUUUGCAGUUGUAACUUUGGAGAGUGCAGUGACACGGUUCCUCGGUAACGUGUUUCCGCGCGCGUCAGUGAGACUCGGACGAGACAGUGGGAUAUACCCGGCGCAUUUGGAUUACCUGAAGCAGGGUGCCCGAGGUGGUGUGGAGUGACGCCGCCGUGAGAAAGGAGUAGCACCGGCCACGCCGUUGCGGGAAUUGCAGUUAAACAAGGUGAUCGGCGAAACGCGAAACGGGGCCGGAAGUCUUCUCCAAACCUCGCUCUGGUGGCCGCGCUCUGCCAGGGAGGAGAGCCAGCCGGCCGGAAGAGCUUGUGGAAAAGCACCGACGAUGAGCUAGCGACACCACCAUGCAUAGGAUGAAGCAGCGCGUGCUGCACGCCUGGCCAUGGUUGUGGCUGUGGCUGUUCACGGCCACGGCCGGCUCCCCGUCUUCCGACACUUCCACGCCGACAACUUUUCUGCCGCCGCUUGGCGGUGGAGGAGAAGGAAACGGCGGCGGCGGCAGCGGCGGAGGAGGAGGAGGAGGAGGUAGUGCCGGGUCGAUGAAGUCGUCGGUCCCGUCGAUCAGCACCGCGACGACCUCGUCGACCUCGUUCGAGGGUGAUACGGGUUCUCCGUCGGAGCGCGAGUUUCGUUUCACUCAACCCCUGUACAAUGUCUCCAUUCCCGAGAAUUCCAUCGGCAAGACGUACGUCGUGCCCGAAGGGAGGAUGGGCAUAAAACUCGCGUCCGCCGACAGUGACGUUGACAUCAAGUUCCGUAUAGUGAGUGGUGACCGCGACAAGUUCUUCAAGGCGGAGGAGCGCACGGUCGGCGAUUUUUGCUUCCUCCUCAUUCGGACUCGUACCAGUAACGUCGACGUGCUGAAUCGCGAGCGUAAAGACCGGUACGUGCUCGAGGUGCGCGCGACUACGAGCAGACGCGACGGUAGGAACAGGGCGAUCACGCUCGAGGCGGACGCCACGGUGGUGGUGACGAUCCUCGAUACGAACGAUCUCAAUCCGCUGUUCUAUCCGACCGAGUACGAGACCACCGUGACGGAGGACACGCCUUUGCAUCGCAGUAUACUCAGGGUAAUCGCCGAGGACGCCGAUCUCGGCAGAAACGGCGAGAUUUACUAUAGCUUCGCCGAGGAGACCGAUCAAUUCGCCGUUCAUCCGGUCAGCGGCGUAAUAACGCUCACGAGACCACUCAGGUAUGCGGAGCGAGCGAUACACGAACUGGUAGUCCUGGCGAAGGAUCGCGGCACCCUGUUUCGCAGCGUGGGUGCCAGCAGCGCGAGCACUGCCAAGGUCACGAUCAGAGUGCGCCAAGUGAACCUGUACGCGCCCGAGAUCUACGUGCACCACCUGCCCAACAUUGUGGAGCACUCGAACGCCGACAUCUACGCGAUCGUGCGAGUGAUCGACCGUGACGAGGGCCCGCAUGGUCAAAUCGCGAGUCUCGACAUUGUGGGCGGCGAUCCGGCCGGGCACUUCAGGGUGCGUCCGGUAGGCGGGUCGCGAUCCGGCGAAUACAACAUCGAGGUGCUGCACCUGCUGGAUCGGGAGACCGCGUUGCAGGGUUACAAUCUCACUCUGCGCGCCACAGACCGCGGGGUGCCGCAACGAUACAGCUACAAAUUCGUGCCGGUGCACUUGGCCGAUCUUAACGACAACGCGCCGGUCUUCAGUCGCGAGAUCUACGAGGUGAAAGUGCCGGAGACGGCACCCAUCAACACACCGGUAAUCAGGCUCAAGGUAACGGACGCGGACGAGGGCAAGAACGCGUUAGUGUUCCUCGAGAUAGUGGGCGGCAACGAGGGUGGCGAGUUUUACGUGAACGCCGAGACCGGCAUGCUGUACACGGCGGUGAACUUGGACGCAGAGAAAAAGGCGUUCUACACGCUCACGGUGUCGGCGAUCGACCAGGGUAACGCCGGCACCAGAAAACAGUCCUCGGCCAAGGUGAAGAUCAACGUGGUCGAUACGAACGACAACGAUCCGACCUUCGAGCAGCCGGAGAAGGAAGUGUGGAUAGACGAGAAUGAGCCAGCUGGCACGUCCGUCGUGCGCGUUAUCGCCAAGGACCGCGACUCCGGCGAGAACGCCUACAUAUCCUACAGCAUCGACAACAUCAAGAAGGUGCCGUUUGAGAUCGACCACUUCUCCGGAAUCGUCAAGACCAAGCAGGUGCUCGAUUACGAGAGCAUGAAGCGGGAGUACCUGCUGCACGUGCGCGCCAGUGACUGGGGCCUGCCCUACCGACGUCAGGCGGAGAUGCAAUUGCGAGUGCGGAUACGCGACGUGAACGAUAAUCGACCGCAGUUCGAGCGGAUCGAUUGCACGGGCCACGUGCCGCGCUACUUGCCGAUCGGCUCCGAGAUUAUCACCGUGUCCGCGAUCGACUUCGACGCCGGCAAUAUCAUCAGCUACCGCAUAGUCUCCGGCAAUUCCGACGGUUGCUUCGCCCUCGACUCGGCCAGCGGCGUGCUCUCGGUCGCCUGCGAUCUCACGGACGUCAAAGUCACCGAGAGAGUCGUCAACAUUACCGCCACCGACGGCACGCACUUCGCCGACGUUAAUCCCGUGCACAUGCAUCUCGUGAAUGCCAAACGGAAUCUCGGCUCGCAAGGGAGACUGUUGACGGACGAAGCCGGCGCUUUCGAGUGCCACGAAACCGGCGUUGCGCGCAGGCUGACCGACGCGAUUGCCUCGGCCGAGAGGAACAACAUGCCAUCGCGGGACGACGAGUACACGCUGAUACCCAGUCGCUACGGCGAGAACGUGCAUACGCCGGAGUUCAUCGACUUCCCGGAUGAGAUUAGGGUGAACGAGUCGAUGAAACUCGGCACGACUCUCGUGCGAAUACGCGCUCGCGAUCGCGACCUGGAUUACAACGGGAAGCUCGUCUUCUGUAUAUCCAGCGGCGACCGCGACUCCGUAUUCGGCAUCGACCCGGACACCGGCGAUCUCAAGGUGAUCGGUUACUUGGACCGCGAGAGGGAGAGCGAGUAUUACCUCAACAUAAGCGUGUACGACUUGGGCAAGCCGCAAAAGUCCGCCUCGAAGAUGCUACCCGUCACCAUUCUCGACGUCAACGACAACGCGCCCAAGUUCGAGAAGUCCUUGGCGAGCUUCCGAGUCUCCGAGACCGCUCUGAACGGCACCAACGUGUGGCGCGCCAACGCCACCGACGCCGAUCUCGGUGAUAACGCGCGCGUCACCUACUCCCUCGUCACGGAGACCAAUGACUUCCGGGUGGAUCCCGUGACCGGUGUGCUCAGCGUGUUCGGCAAGCUCGACAGGGAGCGGCAGGAGAUAUACGAGCUGAGGAUUCGCGCGCGAGACAACGGCGGCAAAGGCACCGACAACCCGCCCUUGUACUCCGACGCGUUGGUCAGAGUGACGGUGGACGACGUGAACGACAACGCGCCCACCUUUGCGUUGUCGAGCUACAACGUCAAGAUCCGCGAGGACGUGCCAGUGUGGACCGUCGUGGCGGUGGUGGACGCCACGGACCCGGACGAAGGCGCCGGCGGCGACAUCGAGUACUUCCUUUCGGACGCCAUGGAGAGCGAGGGCUUCUUCAAGGUCGACAAAGUGUCCGGCACGGUGAAGACCACUCAGAGCUUGGACUUUGAGGAACGGCAGGUGCACACGUUGACGAUAGUCGCGCGCGAUCGCGGUGAGCCGUCUCUGUCUUCCGAGACGAUGGUUAUAAUCGAGAUGGUCGAUGUGAAUGAAAAUCUACACGCGCCGGUCUUCGACGACUUUGUCGUGUCCGCGAGUGUCUUCGAGAAUCAGCCGGUCGGCACCCUCGUCACCACGGUUCGCGCCAAGGACGCGGAUCCGCCUGGCGGAGACUCCAGGAUUGGAUACAGCAUCCGGGGAGGUGACGGCGUCGGCAUCUUCACCAUCGACAAUGAAGGUGAGUGAUACAUUUUUCAUUGCGCGUGUGUGUACUUGACACAUUGUGAGAUAUUAAUAAUAAUAAUACGAGCAAAAAAUUAAGAAAUUUUCUUUUGGUAAGAAGAACGAAACAGAAAAAAGUAUACAUAGCUUCACUCGUAAUAUCAGAUACAGGAAUCACAUUACAUUCAUUUAUCACGAACCUCAAGAGAAGGUACAAGAAACUCAGUCUCAAUAAGAUAAUGCAAAAGAAGGUUCAAAAAGCUACUGAAAAAGUGUAUCUCGUCUAGAAUUUUUAAGCGACAAACGUAUUGGAUAUAUUUGGCAAAUGCUCGUCAUUUUAUCUUACCAAAAGAGAAAAUUUCGUGAACAUUAGUAUAAUAAUAAUAAUGCUUUAUUGGAUACCUAGCUUAAAAUUAUAACAUACAAAUAAACAUACAAUCAGCAUAAAAAAUUAUGUAUUUAAUCACUAAAGUAAAUCAAAUGAUAUGACGACAUUUAUUCAGAUGAUAUUAAUACCAAAGACAUAUUAUGAUAUACACAGUUGUAUCUCGUCUAGAAUUUUUAAGUGACAAACGUAUUGGAUAUAUUUGGCAAAUGCUCGUCAUUUUAUCUUACCAAAAGAGAAAAUUUCGUAAACAUUAGUAUAAUAAUAAUAACGCUUUAUUGGAUACCUAGCUUAAAAUUAUAACAUACAAAUAAACAUACAAUCAGCAUGAAAAAUUAUGUCUUUAAUCACUAAAGUAGAUCAAAUGAUAUGACGACAUUUAUUCAGCUGAUAUUAAUACCAAAGACAUAUUAUGAUAUACACAGUUAAUAUACACAUGAAUAUAUUGACAAAAGAAUCGUCGUAUAUAACUUUUUGUCUUGAUAAUAAAAUAUAUUUGCUAUGUUGUGUCAAUAACUAAAAGAAUAAUUUGUAAUUAAAUUACUGAAUACAAGUCAACAGGUUUAUUUCUCGCCGACUCGCAAUAAUAGCCGUUGAAAAAAAAUCACACGCAAAAUGAAGGCUCACCAGAUAAUCGCUGGAUGCAUAUUUAUAUUAUUUUUAACAAUUAUCUCAUACUCGUUAACGUUUCACAUGUCAAGCUUGUUUUUGAAAUAGAGAUUUUGCAAGAAACAGGCAAGAAGCACUACACUUCUCUUUCUGACAGAGAGAGAACACCAAAAUUUUGACAAUAUAUAAUUUAAAAUUCAAUUAAUUUGACGUGACUACAUCCUACUUGUACAGGCAUUCACAUAAGUUUUGUAUAUAUUUUUCAUAUCUUUUACACAAGUUAGCAACCCUAGUUCUUAGUAUAUAUACCAGUGAAUUUCUUUCUCCAAUGAGUGGUAAUAAAAAUCACGCAUGCAAAUGCUAAUGUGUUACUUCCAAGAACCCACCAUCGAUUUCUGACAGUUCUUGUAAGCGUAGCUGGAAAAAAGUUCCGAGAAGAGUUGCGGAAGUAACGAGAUGGACUUGGUUGCCUAACAUACAAUAAAGCAAUUGGUCUAACACAAUUAGAAUAUUCUAUAGAAGUACACAAUUAGAAUAUUCUAUAGAAACCUGAAAUAAUUCUUUAUCGAUCGCUCUUGAACUUCAUGAACUUUCAUAGAAACGAAAUGUCGAAAGGAAAGGAGAUACUUGAUCACAAAUUUGAGAAAAUGCACGGUUUGCAACUUUCAGAAAAUUCACCGUUGAACUCGUUUAUCAAUAUUGGCGGCAUUUCUGAGCAAUAACUUUUAUGCCUAUACGCUCUACAUAAAUCGUUGCGUUCAUAUUGAAUCCAAGAAUUUUCAAUCAAAUAUCACGAAGUAUGUGUGUGUGUGUGUGCACGUGUACUCGCGCGCAAGUGUGUGUUGCGCUUCCUUUGAGAAAGCGAACGAAACGGAUAUCACGACCUUACGAAAAUUUCCCAAUAUUCCGUUCAAUAACCAGCGAAAGAGGAAUUCCGCGUGACGAGUACAUAUUCGACCUCAUAUCAAUCCACUCGCUGUAACGAGUUUAGUAGCUAAACAUUUUGCAACGUGAAAUCGAAGGAAAUCGAUAAAGGAGUUUCUCCGCGUCGAAUAAAUUGGCUGACAAUGCAUCUUUAGUUUGAUCUCAGCAAUUCUCACUCAAUUUUACUUUAAAACCUUUAAUAUGAUUUUCUGCGAUUGAUUUAAUUUAUCGAGAUUGAAUCCUUUGCAGAGACAAUAUUCGCUCGCACAAAGACCUUUGUGACUUUCCAAGUCAGAAUUUUAUUGCUACAUUAACCUUGCAAAUUUUCCGUCGAAUUUGAGGAACUAAUGGGGAAUCUCGAGAUACAUAUAAAUUAUUGUUCUUUGAUAUUAGAAGUAGUUAUUAAUCGUCAUUUUAUUGCCAUUUUGUUGCUAUUUUGUUGAUGGAAAAAACUUCAUUUAAGCGAGAAUUAUUUAAUAUGUCGAAAAAGGCAACUUCUUGUUCAGUUAAUUCUUUAAUUUUCGAAAUGAGGACAUACAAAGAGUUUAUCAGAAGGCAAAGCGAAAGCUACAAUCUCUUUCUUCAGAGAUAUAUUCAAAAUACAAGAUAUACUUCGUAGCCGUUGCCAAUGCCGUUCGAAAGCAGGAUUUGAAUUCAUAAUUCUCUUUUCUCAGUAUCUUUUUAUUUUUAUUGCCCCAUCCGUGGCGGCCUUGGCGAUUUCCCAACGGAUUCGUCAGUUAUCGUUUAUGGUCCUCGCAUAUCGAAAUAACCUCAACCGAAUAAGGGACAAAAAUAUAGAGAGAAAUAUAAUUCGCCUCAUUGAAUUUCUAAUGAUAGUCUGCAAAUGUUAGAUUAUUUUAAUAAUCUACUUGCGUAUUUAUAAUCGUUCUGAAUGCUUAAUUUUGAUAGAUAAUAUAUCAAUUAUGUAAUUCCGUUGUCUGCAGACAAAACAUGUCUGUGUGAUAGGCAAAUAUUAAAUAAUCUAAUAAAGAUGAACGAAUAAGUGAGUAAAUGAAAUGAUUAUAGUCUAAAUAGGUAGAGGACUUUUUGUUUGAUAUAAUGUACAAGCAUAUAGCGGCAGAAAUCGCCAUCACGUCUCGUCUAUCGUAUGGCGCGUGAUGAUUCACGAAUCGUUUUUGAUUAAUAACUCAAAAUUUUACAUGGUUGUUCCAAAAAUUUUAUGUGGUUGUUUGCAAAAUGAUAGAGGAAUUUUUUGUUUAGUUUGACCUAAUCUACCUGUACACCUCCUGCUAAUCAUCGUCUUCCGCCAAUAAAUGAGAAAUCAUAACAGAAUGAAGGCUUUGAAAAUAUUCAGGAUAUUCUGGGUGUUCAACUGAUCAA